UUUUGGUUGAAUCCAGGGUUCUAGCAAAUCCAAGAUGGCGGACUAAGCAGCGACGUGCAGAAGUUCACUGUAAAGUCUAAACCCUGUAGCAUGUCGUCUUCAUCUUCUCUUCGCGGACUGCUACCUGAUAAGAACGAUCGCUGGUGAGUCUGAAAUCACAGACUGGUGUCACACUGUGAAAUUGCGGGGCAGUUUUAGAGCCUUUGCUCCGCGGAGCAGCGGUCGUAGCCGCGGCAGCUAACUAACGUUAGUCCAGGUCCAGUGAUCCCAGUCCUGAAGAGCCCAUGGUUUGUGAGGGGCAUCUGUCUGAACAACUUUGAAAAAUAGGAGCAUGUCAGCUUCAUUCAGGAAGCGAUACGUGUGUAAGACCCUGGUCAAAACUCAGGUUUGUUCCUCGGGGUUUGGUUCUGGUCAGAAAAUCGCCUUCAGCCUCAGCUGGGUUAGCAUUAGCCAGCGACAGUCUGGUGGGACUGUUGCUCCUCAGUCCUCUAUAAGUGAGCCGGGAUCCACGAAAACCUACUGGCUGGAGGAAAACAAUGUCAUAGCUGUUUCUUUGUGGUGUUUUUGACCAUUUUCAACCUCUUCUGUUUUCACUCCCCCUCUGCCCCGUGGUUGUUCAUGAUAGCACAGACAUGUCUGAGCUCUCAUGGACCAUGAGGACCGUUUGGUGUGGUUAUGGAGCCUCAUAUUUCCAUCUGUGUACAUGUUAGGGAUGCACGACAUCGGGUUUAUACUUCUAUCCACUAUAUGAUUACUGUCUAACUCUGUUUGGUUGAUAGAGAUACCAAUCUUGAAACCGAUCCAAGUCCAUCAUUAACCUGGGUAAGCCAACAUCCUCCACCUCUCCGAAAGCCUGGUAAGCAAGACCAGUGUCUCUGCUCUGAUUUACUGGUUCGGCUCCUCCAUCUGCGGUCUUUUCUUAACAUUGUGCCAUGCAACCCUUAGGAAUAUAAUAGCAAUAUAGUGUUUUGGUGUCUGAGGUUAGUCGGGAUAGUUGUCUCCCCCCCCCCCCCCCCAGUCAACAGUCCCCAGGUUACAGGUUUUGGGAGUAGUGAUGCUUGAAACCUUGCUGUAGGGGUGAUCGUCCUUAACUGAUAUUUUUUUCCAGAUUAUCUUGUGGAAACUGCUGCAACUUAAAUAUACCACUUGAUUUUUAAACUACCAUUUCAAACUUUUCUUUCCAUUGAAAGUCCAUGCUAAAAUUGAUUCUGAGAGAAAAAAGGUUAUUGCCACAAUUUACUGCAAAAUAAGUGACAGAAAAGACCUUGAAAAGUCAGUUUGAGAUAAGUUGAUACUUCUGUCAAAAGAGAUGUCACCCUGUUACACUGUAAUGUCAUAUGUUUUGUGAAGAGUGAGAAUGAGGGAGCAGGUGCAGUUUAUGACCAUGAGUGUAAGAAAGAAACAAAGCCGUUAGGGUUGCUCCAUUAGUGCGUGAUGGGAUACCAGUCAGGGUUUAAAGAGAGGUGGGGAACAAAACAGCAGACUGACGGUGACAAGCAGACUGUAUCACACUGUAACAGGUGUCUGAUUGAUGGGUCAAAGGUAUGUAGAGGUCCUUUGAGUAUCUCUGUCAACACAGUUUUCAACAUUUAUCACCUUUGGCAGCCCUCAAAAUUUCAUUUCUACAAGUGGCCAUUUAUUUGAAUGGUAUUUGUUGAAUAUUUUUGUGUCUUCAAACUCAAAAUAUUUCCGGUUACCUUGGCAAACAGAGCCUCAAAUGACCACAAACCACAACAUGUAAGAAAACAAGAAAAAGGGAUUAGAAACUACAGGAAGCAAUAUUGGUACAGUCUGUUUGUUCUGCAGGGAUGAUGUUCAGUGAAGUUUGACAAACUUCUCUUGAACCAGAAGGGUGAUAGCGUAGUGUUUCAACUUCAUCUGCUUCCAUCUUGUGAUUUACAGUUCAGCUGAUUGUAUCACCAGAGAGACACUCCACAGUUAUAUAACUGAACAUGAAAGAGAUGGUUACUUAAAUUGGACUCUGAUUAAGGCUCUAUAAAGCUAUAAUGUAACAAUAGCAAACAUGCAAACUAACAAUACUAACCUGACUAAAUUGGGCACUAAUGGGCUGGUAACAGCUUACCUCUGUUUUUUAUUAAAGCAUAACUUUUAAGGUUGCUUAGUUUUAUUUAAUGACUGCAAAAUUGUGUGAAAGCAACACCCACACGCUGGUGUCUAACUCUAUAUCACUGGGAAAGCAGCCAAAACAGAGGCUGAAAUGAGGGAUUUCACAGAUGCUAGUAUGAGACAGAUACUUGAGGUUGAAACCAUGCAAAAAUACUCUAUAGAUGUUCCAGACUGACAUAAUGAGAGUAAAAGAUCUCCUUUAAUACAUGAAGGAACAGGGUGAGUCAUCAGGGGAGCAGUGGGUGUUGUUAAAUAUUAUUACAGCACGGAGCUCUGUGACUGAUGACUGUCAGCUUUUUUGCAAUCAAUAGUAGCAUCACCAGGAAGCCAACCCUAUCAUUCAGGUAACUUCAGGGGCAUUCAAGGUCAAGAUGCUGGUUAACUCUCCCAUUUGAAAAAUGGUUCUGCCUCAUUGAAGCAGCAUCCUCUAAGCCAUGCAGCUGUGUAGUAUAGUUCUACACUGGAUGUAACAUACUCAACAUACGUUUUCUAAAGCAGAAAGCACUCAUCACAGACAUUAUACAAAUGAAAAAGCUCUGACUAAAAUAACAUUAUGAAAAACUUAGUGUGUUAUUGGAUCAGCUUUUAUUGCUUGUUCGUGAGUCGGCUGUGGAUCAGGUCCAAUAUUUAAUGGGAUCCUCCUUGGCCCAGGCUACACCCUUCCGCCAGGUUUCAUGAGCAUUUAGCCUGUAGUUUUUUUCCUUAAUCCUACUUACAAACAGACUAACAGACACAAGAAGAAAAAGGGCAAACUGCACUAAAAACAAAAUAUGAAUUGGCAGUGAUAUGGAUUAUUGCUAAGGUUAGAAGUUGAUGCCUGAUGAAGGUAAACGGACUCACUAACUGUUGACUGUCAUCCUCUGAGAUGACUGUGGCACCGAGUUUAUAACAGUCUAGAAAAUAGUUUUUACAUUUCCUUUUUGACUGACACACUCUUAUCAUAGUAACUGUAACCUGUGCAGGACCACAACCCCUUUGAAUUAUCCAAUGUCAUCAAAACAUUGAACCAGCAGAGAGGGAGCCUGUUAUGGAGAGGACCUUGUAAUAUAACAUUUUGAGGAGAUUGUGGAGCAUAACUCACUAAAAAAUAAGUCUAUGGGUUCAUUAAGACUAUUCCUGGAGUUAAUGUUAACUGUAAGAUCAGUUCAACUCUCCAUCUGACUAAUUAGAAGUUUUAUCAAUUAUUUUCAUCAUUUGUUUCCUGUUUAAAUAGAAAGGAUUAGUGAGCUCAGAGACGGAGCAGAGCCGUAUAAAGCCGACUUUUCCAUCUGAUGAUUGAUUCGUUUAGUUCAGUUUUUGAGUUCUUGAGACCCAAUUAGUGCGCUGCAGGCCCAGGUCCUCUUCUGUCCUGAAAGCACAUCACUGAUGUUGGAGAUAACGCUUGAUAAUUAAGAGGAAGGCCCUGAGGUGGUUCUCACAGGGAAAAAGUGUUUGUGCAUGAGAAGAGGGGUAUUAAAACUGCCCUGCGGUCAGUCCAGCAGCUUGAUAUUUUCUGGUAACUCAAUUUAACUUUAUGGAUUCUGAACAGCUGCAUGCAAAAGUGAACUGCUACCUGCCAGCUAUACAAACAGACAUUGUUUGGCUACAAACAGAGUGGAUGGUGAAAGUCAAAUACAAGAGUGAGUGAAGUGUAAGCCAUUCACUGAUCAUUGUGCUGUGUUUUUCAUGAUGUGUGGAGUAGAGACGGGAACUCUGAUCAGUCAUCAGUACAGGAUUGCAGACUUUUGAAGUUGCCCACAAAAUGUAGACUGACAGGCUUGGGCUGUGCUGGAAGUCAAAGAGCACUUAAGUGAGCACAAUUAUGAACACAAACUCCAAAAAAAAAAAAAAAAACCUGUCAACCAAUAAGUUGAUUUGUGUAACUACAGAUUAACCCACCCAGCAGUCUAUCUGAACAAUCAUCUGAACCAGCUUACAUUGUACAGUUUAACAAUACACUGAGGAGUUUAUACAUUGACAGCUAUUUCAUGACCAUCAGAUUUAACAGUACUAACUUCAACUGCUGCAGUCAUGUCUUGAAAUUGUGCUGGCUGCAGAUUGAGUACAUAUCAAUUUGAUGUACACUGCAAUUGGACUAUAAUGGACUGUGUUUACAGAGCAUUUCCUCUAGUCUUCUUUUACAUCAUGUCACAUUCACCCAUUUACACACUGAUGGCAGAGGCUGCUGUGUCUAUAGCUCAUCAGUUUAAACUAAUCCUAAUCACACUGGGUAAGUUGUCUCGCCAAAGGACACUUGAGCAUGUGGACAACUCUGGGAUUGAACCACUGACCCUCUGAUUGGGAGACAACUGACCCUAGCACUAAGCCACAGCUCCCCCUUGAAAGAGUGCUCUUCUUCAGCUCAUAAAGUAAAACCUCCUCUUCCUCCUCACAUGAGAACAUCAUCAUUAUUGUUCUGUAAUUGGGUAUUCUCAUCAAACUUUCAAAGUUCUUUUUAAUGUUUGAAGCAGUGUUACCCAUGCAGACAGUCAGAUAGCUAUUGAACCCACUACAAAGUCAAACACAGCAGCAGCUCCUGGAUGGAGUUUUGAGGUUGACCUCUUUUCUGAUUCCUGUUCAGAUCUGGGCCUGCUCAUUGGUUGCUGGUUUGUUGCUCAAUAGAGGGAGGCUUUACUGUCCGCGUGGACAGGUUCGUUCUUCCUCUUGUAUGAGGGCUGAAAACACUGUUCUCUGUGACGGUGCCACAUCAAAGAAAGGAUUGGUUAGAUUAUGUGUUAAAAAUGAGCCAAGUGUGUCUGAACACAGAAGCAGGGCUGCUGGUAUUCUCACAAAACCAGAGUUUUAAGGCACUAUCAGGGGUGUCUGGAAAGUUUGUACCCAGAGGCUGAAGGAGGAAGGUGUGUUAGGACAUGCCAGGACAGGACAGGUAGGCAGUUAAUGAAUAGUAUGCGCAGGAAGCUUUGCCCCGCCCCCCUAAACCCACCCUCUGUUCCUGAUGCCUGUCAUGUCUGCCCACCGCCCCUUGAUUCACAGAGGUGUUACCCUAAAAUGCCUGAAGGUUUUUUUUUUCUGUCUGCAAUGUUUGGAUGGAUAUUGUACUUGAUGCAAUGCAACUGGUACUGCAACUUUUGAAAUGCUUUCAGAGUGAAGUAUAUGUUUGAAGCCAGGCCUGCAUUUUAAAAAUAGAUUAUUGAUGUUUGUCUUUCAUUGAUUUAUUGAUAUUUGUCUUCAGUUAUUUUAGUUUCCAACUAGCUGUGUCAUGUAUCUACUCCUUUUUGUCCUGCUGUAUGUGAGAAGUUGAGUCCACAUUGAAAUCUGACGAGCUGUCAUUACUGUCAUUUGGAAUAAUACACCCCUAUUAAUGAAAGGACAAAAAUAAUCUCAAUAAUCUUAUGCUGAUGUUAAACACCAGUAGUCUGUGGUACCUAGUUCAGGCAGGAACCGUGUCCUCAGAUCUGUUGUUUAUAGAGGGGUUUCAGCCUGAAAUAUUCUCUCCACUAACAUGAGACAAAUCAGAAACAGCUGUUUUUUUCCCUCAGGUCCUGCAACAAAUACUGAUGAAUCUCACAGGUUGUUUUCUGUUUUAGCUGUUUUGGGAUUGGUCUGAUGGAUUUUUUUAAGUUGUGCUUCCUUUGGGUUCCUGCUACCACUGGUGUAACAUACAGGGAAAGUGCCAAAGGAGGGCUCCUUUAAGUGGCCGCUCCUGCAGUGUCUACAGUGUGGGGGGUAUGGGUCACAGGCAGGCAGCACAGGACAGUGAGCUUCCAGUGUCAAAAGUUACUCCUAGCAAACAUGUUGGUUUGCAAAGUUCAUUAAAGGGGUGGGGGAUCAUGCUUUUCCACAUUUACAACAUAAAUUUUAAAGUUACAAAGUUUGGUCACGAGAUAAAUGUAUGUUGUCAUAAUCUUGUAAAAUAGAUGUAAACUGAUCAAAACAGGAGCCUGCGAGAAAUGUGAGACUUACCAAAAUGCCUGUGUCAGCAUUAUAGGCUCUCCUCACUAGUUCACCUGUGCUUCCGGCAAAGCAGAACAGCCUGACUUCAACAGUGUGUGAGGUGACACCCACAGCAGAGUGGGGUAACGCUGCUCUACUGAAUGACCACAGUAGAAAUUAAACCAGAAUGUUGAUAUGGACAGAAUCUCUAGACUUUAUGGGUUGAAUAAAAACAUGACUAUUGCUUUUGAAAAGGUUUAAAACAACAUCCAGGUGCACUCCUUAGGAAUAGCUGCAUUAUCAAGCUAACAAAUCAGUCUGUCUACUUCACUUAGUUUCUGUGGCCACAAUCAGUAUCUUUAUAUUCAUUUCAACAAUAGAACUCAAUGCUCAAUGUAAUAUUUAAAUGAUCAUUCACAUUGUUAUUAGAUUUAUGUGACAGAUAGGUGUUGGUACCUGCAGGGCAUUUCUGCCUGACGCACCUCCGACGGUGCCUAGACUCCAACUGCAGGGUUGCGGCUGAGAGCCAUCCUGGCCUCGCCCCUCUCCAGGUAGUGACCCUAGACUCUGCAUGGCAGGGGCGUCCUCCUCCCUGAGCCAGGCUUGCACCUGACCGCAUACCUGAUGGUUGGGAAGCGAAGGUUGAAAACCUCAUGGGCCGCUUCCAUCGGGCCCACUUCAGCCAGUACAGAAGUACCAGCUGCAGGGUCAUCAGCUAGGAGCCAUCCUUCACUGAUGUUUCGCCCCUUUGAUCACCAGAACAUCUCAGGAUGGUGGGGCAGCGGUCAGGGACGUCUCCCCGCCACUCCCUGCAGCUGGACUUCGGCACUCAGGCUUACUGUGUGGCAUCUCGAUUCCCCCAACUCCUGUCUUUUCUUCUCAGCCAGAGCCAGAAACUUCCCUUUUCUGCUUCCUCUGAGAGAUCCUGUAGGACCUUCCUGGCCUUUGCUGCUGUGAAGCCGAUGUCCCUCAGGAAGCGGUUUGUUGAGAGGCCAGCAUAGCCGCGGCAGCCAACUUCAACUGGAUAGGUUGAUGCUCUCCAGCCUUUCUCUUCACAUUCUGCCACCAACUCUGCAUAACGGGCCAUUUUCCUCUCAUACGCUUCCUGGAUGUUCUGCUCCCAAGGGACCGUCAACUCGACUAACAGGACUCGCUUCUCAGUUGAGGACCACAGGACGAUGUCGGGUCUCAGUGUGGUGGAUAGAUAGAUGAUAAUAUGAAAAAGGUAGAAGGUAGUAUAACUCUGAGAUCAAGAAAUUAUCAGCUUAUCAAGCCUGAAGUCAAACCUCUUCAUAACUCACGCCAUAUGGGAACCAGAUGAAAUCUGCUGCACCAGCUCAGCCCCGUCUCUCUGAGAUGACUGUUUAAUCAGCAUGGUUUAUGUUUGUCAAAAGUGAGCAUUUCAAACUAAGUCUUAACUCAAUCUAAAGCCGUUUGAACUCGAGUUUGUUUUUAAAAUGACAAAUGAGGAAGAGUUCCUGACACAGAAACUUUUCUUUCUUGAUUAAAAACUUUUAUUACUUCGAUUAACACCUCAGUUUGAUGGCAGAGAUGGAGAGACUCUUAACUUAAUAAUUGAAUGUUGUCAUCCUCACAAGUUGACACCAGAAUCUAGUUAGGUAAACAUGUUACUCAUGUUUAGAUGAUUGCAGGCUAUAUGUUGUGUCUAAGCAGUAGCACAGUCAUGGUCACUAACUGGGGCUGGGGCAAAAAAAAAUAUGAUGCUAAAAUGUUCUUAACUAUCCGGAUGUAAACAAGUACAGAUGACUGAUGGGGUCUCGAGGCACAGCAUCGUUUGGGGUUGUUAUCAUUUAAAGAAAGUAGACAUUGAGUGAUAUGUUGGCUGAGGACUGAAGGUUGAUUGGAAAAGAUCUGAUAACUAGGGUUGUUACAGUGAGAGAAACCUCCAUGCAGUGGUUCAGGGUGCCUCAACACCGCUGUGUGUUUUCUUUUUGCAAAGGUGUGCCUAUCUAUCAGCUGUUAAUUAUUGGCGUCAUUAUUUAACAAGGGAGUUAAUUGGAUAAAAGAUUAUUCAAUCCUUUUACGCUUGUUUCAGUUUAUGUCAGCAUCAUUCAUCAUUUUGAUAUUACUUUACUGCAGGAGUAUAGCUCAGCAGAAGAUGACGCUGUCUGUGCUAAGGUGGAAAGAAUGUGUCAGUCGUGAAGGACUUGGCUCAUAAAAUUAGCUCCAAGAGUGGUUUUGGAGCCAAAGAGGGACAGUUUUUGUUGAGGUAUAUGAUGUGGAUCACUUAAAGGGGCCUUCCAGCAGGUAAGAUGGAUCUCAGACAACUUGAGCAGGAUCAUCAGGCCUUUGUAGAUCUGCAGUAACCUGUGGCUCUUUAUUUAUAUAAUGCAUUUGGAUUAAAGCUGGGGUAGGCAGAAUCUCAGAAGUGCCAGUUUUUGGGAGAAAUUUUAAAUGUAAACACUACCCCUCCCAAACAGUUUUCCCUCAGCUCAUCCUCUCCCCUCCUUGGUGCUCCAGUAGGCCCUGCCCACAAACAGACGCUCACGCUCGUUCCGACUCCCCAGUAAUUUACUACCAGACGAGUGAAUUAUUAUUAUCAUUACCGAUCACAUCAGCAAAGACUUGCGCAACUUUUGUCACAACAUAGUCAGCAGUAGUAAUGGUGCAUAAAAGAUGACACAUAAGAUAAAAUAUAACAUACAUUUAUAGGAAAAAUAAUAUCCAAACAAAGUCCUCUUGGUCAAAUGUACAUCUUGUGGGGCCUUUAUGGUGUUCAAAUUCCUUGCUCUGGACUUUCUUUCAUACAGUCUGUAGUACCUGAAAUGAAGAGAAGGAGAGUGUGGUAUGAAGAUACGACUCUGUCUAAAAUAUCUGUUGUACAUAUUUACUUUAUCUGUAAACUUUCCAAGUUGCUUCAUCAUUCAACAACACCACUACGCAGGCUUUUUUAAAACAACAAUGAUGCUUCCAAUUAAAUUCAGAUAUAAUAAAGAUAUAUACUUCAGGUAAUUACAAAGGGGCCCAGUCAACAUUAAAGUAGAUAGCAUUGGUGCUACUGUAGAUGCCAACAGACUACCAUGCAGACACUGGUGACUGUAGGUGUGCAAUAUGACCAAAAUGUCACGUCCUACAACCUCUUCUCUUCAAUACAACGGCACCUGUACGCCGGCCACUACUUGAAGCUUGAAGCCGAUGUUAUACCGCACUUGUGUCCAUCUCUGAAACGCUGCUCCAAUAUUCACCCGUGUUUUGUUUCGUUUAUUGUCAGAUUCUCUUUUAGAAAUGUCAGUCCCUCAUUUUUUGGCCUGCUUUUUAGUGUAGGCAGUUGUUGCCAAUACAGGAAUAGGUACUUGUUCUCUCCGACUAUCUGUCAUUGUGACCUGGAUUGUGCAAACGCAGACGCGCAUCAGCAUUCACUUAUAGACUUUCUCAACCGUGAUUGGCUGACACCUAACGUUACGGUACAGAUUUUCUCAAGCCUGUUCACAAAGCCAGGAGGAGAGGCAGAAGUGUGAUCUCUCAGAUCAUUUCAAAUCCAAUACGUUGAAAGGUUAUGAAUUUUUUGCAAAAUUAUAAAAAAAAAUUAUUCUGACUACUGUACCUUUAAGUCUACUACUAGAUUUGUAACAUGGGGACUCUCAACAAACACAAUCUACUACCAGCCUGCUCACUAUAUCCCAAAGCACACAGAGGCAGGUAAAUUCAAUGCAAUUCAAAUUCAGUUCAAAAUGCUUUGUUCCAAGGGCAAAGAAAAGGUCAUAGAGCAGCGGUAUAAAAAGAGCAGAAGAAGCAUGAAAAAGGAUUGCUAUCACACUAAAAGCCUUCUGUUGGUUUGAGCCGUGUUUCCCUUGCAAAUCUGAAGUGUAACGUGAACCAUAGGCUAAGAUAGGGUUGACUCGGAAAAGUAAACUUUGGUUUUGUACCGGAUUUUUCCAACCCUACAUGUAGAUCAAAAUCAGUACUGGCCAGGUGAUGGUGGUGCACUGGAGUGUGUUAAAGUGUAAGGUGUUCAUUAUCGUUUGACAUGAGGAGAGCAAAGGAUCAUCUUCAAAUGCAGCAGACUCCAGCAGACCACUGACACCCACUACAACUUCAACAUCUAAUUUAAAGAACAGCUAUACAUCAGAUCAUCUCAACAAAAAGAGGAAAUGUAGAAGCUUCCUGAAAGUUGAAUUUCUGGAAGUGCUUUUGUCUUUGGUUGCAGUAUGUUUCUCAGUUACUUCGCUGGCUUUUGGUGAUUAAAUGUAAGUCUGAGUGUUACAGAAAAAAAUGGGCUUAUUGGGACUGCAGUUCUCAGACAAAAAAAAACUGAUCAAGUCAAGAACAAAUGAUCUCCCAAGUUUUUCUGUAGACUAUUCCAGCUCUGACAGCCUUUUUAUGUGCACAUGGUGGCCAGAAUCCAAGUGUCCUUUGUCCAUAUGCUUUAAUUUCACCUGAUACAACUUGAUCCUUUACCUUAGCCUCAAACUGGAACACAAGUUGAAGCCUGAAUAGAAGCUGCUGGAUUGCAGUGAGGGCAGUUUGCAUUGAGGCAUGCAUUUGCACACACCCAUGCAGCAUUACUGUGUUAACCAACUCAAGGUAGCUCAUGAUACUUUGAACCCUGACCAGAGCAGAUUUAUGACGUUCUUUGUCUGAAGCAGUGCCAAACCCUAAAUAAGUAAUAAUCAUCAUCAUCAUCAUCAUCAUCAUCAUCAUCAUCAUCAUAAUCAUAAUCAUCAUCCUUGAAGGUUAUCCUAUAAAGUUAGAAAAGAAGUACUGUACAUUCACCUCCUUAUUAUUUGGGGUCAUGUCAAGACGCUGCAAGGACAACAUAAAGAGACCCACAAACAAAUGUAGGAUAACAUGAUCUGCAUAAGUACAUUUACCUUUUUACUGUGCAGUUACUACUAAACAGGUAACAAAUGGACUCUUUUGUAUUCUUCAUUUUGAAAGGCUCUGGUUUUUCAAAGACCUCUGUGAUCCCAUCAGUUUUCUCAUCAGAUCUCUCACAGAUCUCAGUGUAAAUGUACCACAUCAUGAGGUUUCCAUCAUAGAUAUCAGGUCUUAAUGUAGAGAAAGGGACGGCGUUUUAUGUCUCAGUUCUUAAUUUAGUGCUGACUUGUCUGGCGUGUUAAGGCUUCAGUGUUUAGAAUGAAUAGUUGGUAUCAGUUAUUGUUCUAAUUAAGAAACUCAGUUCACCAACAUGUUUUCUUUCACCACCACCACCACCACCCCCCCCCCCCCCCCCCCCCCCUCUCAAUCUUUGUCUCUCAGGAGUUUCUGGAUUUGUCUCUGAAGAUUCUUUUGGUCUGCGCUGUUUUAGAGGUGAGACUUUCUCUCUAAACAGCAGACAUAAACAGGACUUAUGGUGGGCAUAGUGAUCAUUGUUGUGCACAAAUGCUAACCACCUAAAAACUGACAGGUGAAAAGGGAGAGGCACUGUUCCAAAUCACUCUAAAAUAAAAUCGCAAGUAUUCUUCACCCUUUUGAAGGACAUUAUAAAAGAAGCUUAGAAGACUGAAGUGUUUGUUCAACCUGCAGUCUGUGUAAAAGUGUGAGCAGAAAAUGAGCAAAAACCUUCAGUUUUAAUAACAGUGUAAACAUACUUUCUUACAAGUGAGAUCUGGCAUUGAAUGUAGUAAGUAUUAUCACCAAAGUGAAGCCAAAGCUCUGAAAGAGAAGAAAAAAAUGAGCCCAUGGUUCUUCAGUAGCUGUACACAUGAUUCUUUAAAAACUCCUAUCAUGCAGACAGACAGGCAUGCUCGUACCACGUACUCUGCUUUUCUGAAUGAGUUAAAUAUUUUAAGAGUGUUAAAGUUGUGUAAAUGUGUGUGUCAGUAAAGUUAAUUUUUUAAGUGUGUGCGUUUCCUCUUUCUGAAUCAUAAUCCCUUCUGACGUAUCCUUCUCCCUUCUUCAUCCUUUCCCUCACCCCCUCCUCUCCUUUUGUCCUCUUAUUCUCCUCUAGGUGUCUUUUUCUGGGAUGUUGACUCUAGGUGGCCAGAGGGGGUUUGGCCCCAUAGUUCAGGCCACCACAACAGAAACUCCCACCGUUGAGGGACUACGCCACCGUCAACAAGUAGACACAUGUACACGUGGAGACACCCUCAGAGCUGCGUGAGGAGAAUACUCUUGGAGCACGUCAGGCUGAACUUUUGAUUGGAUUUUAGGGUCCCAACUGGUCCUCGCACAGAUAUCACAUGUGUUGGUGUUAGAUUUUAAUUCAGCCAACCUCCUCUUGUCUUUUCUUGAACCUCUUGAUCGUCAGCAUUUCAGUCAUUAAAAAAGCCACCACCCUUCCCUCUGUCCAUCUUUGUUUCUGUCCCCCACAGAGCUAUAAGUAAGAGCAGGUAAUGGACGAUGUUGGCCAUGGUCACCUAGUGUAAAUGGCUAUUCCCAAGCAAAGCUCAGUGCCAGCAUCUACUGCUCAAAUUUCCACUUCCACUCCCUCCUCCUCCUCUCACCCCUUCUCCACCUCUCUGCCUUCCUCUCCCGUUCGCUGCUGCUGCUGCUGCUGCUGCUUGCUGCCCAGUCUCGCCUCCCCCCUACAACACCAUGGUAGGUGCAGGCUUGGGUGUGUGGAAGCUAAUGAGAGGUGUCCGCCAGCUGGAGCUUCACCGCCUCAUCCUGGCCCUCAUCAUCUUCUGCUUGCUAUCCAUGGCCUUCUUAGCUUACUAUGUCUCCAACAGCCCCAAAAUCAAGGAGGCCCCUCCUUUACCCUUCAGUGACUGUGGUGGUGGAGGGGGGAUGUCCCUGGGAGCAAGUACUGGGACUGAUGGGGGAGGGCCAGGUGUCCAGAGGGCCCCACUGUUCCUCCCCCCACGACAGGGACGACUACGACAGGUCAAGGCUAUGGACAAUUCAAGGACACAGCCUGUAGUACUGGUCUUUGUAGAGAGUAUCUACUCCCAGCUGGGCCAGGAGAUCGUAGCCAUAUUAGAGUCCAGCCGCUUCCGGUACCGGACAGAGAUUGCUCCUGGUAAAGGUGACAUGCCCACAUUGACAGAGCACAACCGUGGACGCUACACUCUGAUCAUCUAUGAAAACGUGUUAAAAUAUGUCAACCUGGAUGCAUGGAACCGGGACUUACUGGACAAGUACUGUGCAGAGUAUGGGGUGGGUGUCAUUGGUUUCUUCAAAGCCAAUGAAAACUCUCUCCUCAGUGCACAGCUCAAAGGUUUCCCCCUCUUUCUACAUUCACACUUGGGACUCAGGGACUACCAUAUCAACCCCAAUGCCCCCUUACUCUACAUCACGAAGCCCAACCAGGUAGAGCAGGGCUCUUUACCCGGGGAUGACUGGACUGUUUUCCAGUCCAACCACUCCACCUAUGAACCAGUCCUUUUGGCCAGCACCAAGUCGUCUGAGGCGCUGGGCCAUUUUGGACCCGGCUCUUUGCGGACCCUGUAUGCCACAGUGGUCCAGGACUUGGGCCUUCACGAUGGGAUUCAAAGGGUUCUCUUUGGAAACAAUCUGAACUACUGGCUACACAAGCUGGUGUUUGUGGACGCCAUUGCCUACCUGACAGGGAAGAGACUGUGCCUGUCCUUGGACCGCCAUAUACUUGUGGAUAUAGAUGAUAUCUUUGUGGGCAAAGAGGGAACCCGAAUGAAGGUCUCAGAUGUGGAGGUGGGUGAGAGCACAAAUAAACAUUUAAAGACAUAUUUACAUUUAUAGACAUACAGCACCUCCAUAUACAGACAUUCACGCUUCAGCUGCCUGUCAGUCAAACAAACUGUGUUAUAUGUGUAUGGAGCCUAACUGAUACAGAGAUUUGAAGUGAUACCGGUUUUAGAGGGGAAAUGUUAUUGAUCACAAAUAUGUCACUUCAUAACUUCAAUUCUAAACCUAGAGCUACAAAAACAAAUCACUUCCUUUGACUCUCUUAUAAAGAGUAAUGAUGGUCUCUUUCUCAUCCUUCCACAGGCGUUGCUCAACACUCAAAACAAGCUGCGAGCUCUGGUGCCUAAUUUCACCUUCAAUUUAGGAUUUUCUGGAAAGUUCUACCACACAGGUAUGAAACAUUUGACUCUGCUGUAUGAACCAAAUUGUAUUGAUAUGACAAAAAAUGUGUCUAUUUUAGUCAACAAAUAUAAAUCAAAGCUCUGAAGCUGUAUUGUGCUGUUUUGAAGUGUAAAUGUCCAAAUCACUGCAACAUGUCAAAAAUAAGGGGGAGUCUCCAGUCCCUAGUCUUAAUGCAGUUCUUUAAAACAAAGCCUUUAUGGUUAGUAUGCAUGAUGGACAUGAGAGAAAGACGCUUUAUUCUAAUAAUUCUCCACUGCCUGGCUUUCAUGUGGACCUCAAAGGUUUCUUCAGACAGUAGGUAAAGGCUGACUUGACUGACUGACUGACUGACAGACAGAUGAACUGCAGCUGUAGGUGAGGAGACUAAAGAUUAACCAAAAGUUAUUAAAGUGAGCCUAUCCAGCAUGACAGCCAGUAUGCCCAUGGCUCUGGGUGUAGGUACUUAAAAAAGAGUUUCUCAAAAGAGAGUCCAAUUAAAGUAGCAAUGAAACUCAAAUACAAGCAUAAUGAGGCUUAAAGCAGAACCAGCAUGGAAAGUUUGUUUUUUUUUAAAGUUCAUUUUUCUUCUACUUCUUCAAUUAUUUUGUAUUUAUUUAUUUAUUGUCAUUUUUAAGGGACUGAUGAGGAGGAUCGGGGAGAUGACAUGCUGUUGCAACACAGGAUGGACUUCUGGUGGUUUCCUCACAUGUGGAGCCACAUGCAGCCUCACCUCUUUCACAACGUCAGUGUUUUGGCGGAGCAGAUGAGGCUAAACAAGAUCUUUGCUCAGGUUAGUGACACUGAUUCACCUCAGACAUGCUCAGUGUCUCUGUGUGUUUUAUCUUUCUGACAUUUGCAUUGCUAUUUGGAGCGUAAACAAGUGUCAAGUCAUUUAAAUUUGAUGAAUGAAGGGUAUUUUUCUUUUUUCAUGUGUAACAGAUUUGUAAGAGUACCAUACUGGGCCAAAAACUCUAAAUAUUGUAAUCAUAACAUCAGUGCACACCUUCAUUUAGGUCACACAUCUCCAUGUCUAACAUCUCCUUACCAGUCUACCAUGCUUUACUGUAUUCUCUCCUGCAUUCACUCCAGGAGCAUGGCAUCCCAACAGAUAUGGGCUAUGCAGUGGCACCACACCACUCGGGCGUCUAUCCCGUCCACAGCCAGCUGUAUGAGGCCUGGAAGUCUGUGUGGGGCAUCAAGGUGACCAGCACUGAGGAAUAUCCACAUCUGAGGCCAGCUCGAUAUCGUCGUGGCUUCAUCCACAAUGGGAUCCAGGUUAGACCAGAGUCCCUGAGCAGUUACUUACAGAAUAUUUGAUGCUGAUACAAAUUUUAUCUACACUACAAAUGUUCAAACUUUGGCUAAGUUUGUGGACUUGGUGAGACAAAAACUCCCUGGUGAAGUUUGGUUUUGGUCUUACUUGAUUUGUCUAUACCACGACAUCACACAGCUUUUGUCCACCAACCUUUAUAGAAACUAGCCAGAGUGUUGGCUGUGUGAUGUUCUGCUGUAUUUAGUUUCUGAUGGAGAGAACUUCGACUGUGAAUCUGUUGUCAUGAGAUUAGUCUUCUUCACUUCUGGAGCAGAAACAAAAACCAAAAUUAAGAAGAACUUGAAGAUUUGGGACACCCACAAAAUCUUACCAAAAUAUUACAAAAACCAAACACUGUGUUCUCAACAUUUAUAAACACGGCCCAAUUUAGCUGCAUGACUCAGUCACAAAAUCCCCAGUGUGGCCACCGUGAUGCUGUAGAUCAGCUGUUCCUGUUCCUGGUGCAAUGUGCAGCUGGCUUAACCCCAAUUUAUUACUAAUAAUUAAUGAAUUUAACUAGACUGUGCUUAUAGCAGACAUCUUCUUCCUGUUCAUUCUUUCACACUGACAUUAUUUUAUUGUUUUACCCAAGAGCAUCUGACUUGUGGACUAGAGGAGCUGAAGAUCAGAUCACAGAUCUUCAAAUGAACACACACCAUCCCUACAACAAUCUGACAACAUUCAAAAUGAGAAAAGGGCAAUGUGCUAACAAAGACCGGGUCUAGAUUCAGUCAGCACAAUCCAGUUUAAGGGUUAGAUCAUUGUUUUACUUAAAGCUGGUCUUUGUUUGUGUGAAAAGACUUCAUCUUGGGUAGAGUUGAAACUCAAACAAAUGGUCUGUGGGCUUGUCUCUGCUGUUGUGUACUGUAUCAUCUGAGACUGGUGACUGUCUGAUGGUGUUAAAGCUGCUGGAAGCAGUGACCAACAUACCAGAGUUUUAUUUCAAUCAGCCGUUUAGUGAAAGUAGACUGACAGCUCAGUCAUCAGGGUGGCUGUGGUCAACAGCAGAGUCAAUUGUCUGACAGCUGGAAGUUUGGCCGGUGGAUUCUCCAGCUCCUGCAAUCCACCUCUUUGUUUCAGUCCAUUGAAGUGUUCUCAGAUAAGACACUGAACCUGACUCGCUCCCAGUGGCUCAACCAGCUGUGUGAGUGAAAAUAGUCAGCACUGAUUGGAUCCUUGAUAAGCAGUUCCAGCCAUCAGUGUGUGAAUGGGCAAAGGUGACGUGGUGUAAAAGCACUGUUUGAGUCCAUUUACCGUUUGCUUCCUCUUCAGUGCAAAGCCUUCUUUACAGUCUGAUUCACAGUUUGAAGAGAGAAAAGAACAGAUUAAUUAAGAACAGACUGUUUGCAUGAAGGUGAUUUCAGACAAAAAUCAAAGCUCUGGGUUGUUUAGCAUCACAGCUUUUAUUAUUCAAUCCAUCAGUGGCCUCAGAGUCUAUUUUUGAACAAUUUAAAACCUCAUCAAUGAGUAAAAAUGGAGACAACAAUGAUAACCAAAGAAACACAGGAAUAUAACUGGAACAACUGGUGUUCUGUUUGUGUAUUUUAGGUGUUGCCCAGGCAGACGUGUGGUCUCUUCACUCAUACCAUCUUCUACAAUGAAUAUCCAGGAGGCUCCAAGGAGCUUGACAAGAGCAUCAGAGGAGGAGAACUCUUUCUCACUGUCCUUCUAAACCCUGUAAGAAAACCUCACAUACACUGAAGUUGAAAAAUGAGCAUCUGGGACUUGACUUGUCAGCUCUGAGACCAAACUCACCUGAGACUGAGUGUCCAAAAUGUAAAUGAAACUUGCAGGUUAUUACCAAGUAUGAGGCAAAGCUGUACAGUAGACCACCACAUCUCCAAUACCUAAAGCACACCUUCAAGAGAGUAUCUGAGGGUCAGCUUGGUUUCUGUCUGUAUCCGUUAAAGUCUGAAAAAACUUUUGUUGGUUUUCAACACAAUGAAUCAAAGAACUGUAUCAAAAACAACAACUUCAUAACCUAAAAUAAAGUUCUCGUCAAACUGUCCAAGUCUGCUAACAAAAGCUGACAGUUCAGCUCAGUUCAGGUUUUUUUUUUUUUUUUUUUCAACUGGUUAGCUUCUUUAAGUCCAACCCUUAAGGCUGAAACAUACAGGAUCCAUAUUUAGCACGUAUUGGCAGCGUUGUGUAUCACGCAACAAAUAGGUUGUCAUUCUAAUCAAUGCAGCAAAGCAUACAGGACGUGUAUCAGCUCUGUUGCAGCAUCGUAUCAGAAGUCUACCGAGAGCAGCACUGCUUAAGAUUGGCGACAAGUCUAUUUUUACUGCUCUCCACUUCCAAUGCGCGUCAAUCUACACAGAGAAGAUCGUUCUAGACAGGAAGUCAAGUACGAAAACCACGCAUGUCAUCUAGUUUAUUUCAAAAUAAAACCGUAUGCAAACUCUCGACUGUGUAUCAGUUUGUGCAGAUGAGAAAUACUUCCUGGUUAUGUAUUAGUAACACAGAACAAUCCAACGGUCAAUCCCUAAUCCAUAUGGACCCCAACAGGACUUUUAACUGUUAACUCUGUCUAAAGGUAACAACACAGCAUAAAGGAACAUUGUUUACUUUAUUACACACUAGUUAACCUGCAAAAACCCAAACUGUAAAAUCAUGUUGCUUCUUCACAUACAGUAGAGGCUCAACAGUCACUGAAUCACUAUAUCCACAUUAACAGGAAAUAGACAACCGAAAGGCAAAACGACCUCUAUACUGAGUCCAGCUGACCAGGGCUGCACUACGCUGCUGCUACGCUCCAAACAUGCAUCCUGUAUGCAAUACCCAGGGCUGCUCUGUGUUUUUGGAUGUACUCUUUAUUAUUUAUUAUCUCUGGCUGAAGUGCUGACACUUGAUGUAGUAAGGUCACAUUCAGCACUGAACGUAGUUUUAAUGUAACUGAAUGGAGACGUGACCAAAUCAAACUCAAGAGCUCACAAAGAAAAAGGGAGUGUACUUGGUAUAGUGUCCUUAGUGUCCACAACAACACACAUACAAAUGCUUAAUCUGCAUCUGUGACUUGUCAUUUUUCAUAAAGUGGAAGUUUUUGGUCUGAGCGUUGAAGGAGGUAAAAAAGGAUUUCAUAUUUGAGUUCAUGUUUAGGUUCAUAUUUCUUGUUAGUUGAAUUUUCUGCUUUGACAGCUCCUUCAACGAAUCAGCUAACUAAACUGUCCCCUCUCAAUCCAGAUCAGUAUCUUUAUGACCCACCUCUCCAACUAUGGGAACGAUCGUCUGGGUCUGUACACCUUUGAGUCUCUGGUGAAGUUUGUCCAGUGUUGGACCAACCUCAGGCUGCAGACAUUGCCCCCUGUCCAGCUCGCUGAGAAAUACUUUCAGAUCUUCCCUGAGGAGAGAGACCCACUUUGGCAGGUAAGUAUUUUUUUCUGUCUUAAAGUAUCUCAUAAAACCUGUUGAUCAUUUUUAUGCUGAACUUCUGCAAAACUUGGGCUCACCCACUUGGUCUAUUUGAACACAGAUUUGGUUAAAAGUGAAAAUUGCCUCCUUAUCUUUUAGAACCCUUGUCAUGACAAGAGACACAAAGAUAUCUGGUCAAAGGAAAAGACCUGUGACCGGCUACCCAAGUUCCUCGUUAUUGGACCACAGAAAACAGGUAACAAUCUUCCUGCUUCCUGAUAUUUCUUUCAAAUUGUUUCAACAUCUCUCUCUUUUUGUCGUGACUAAUCUUUGCUUUCUUCUUACAGGCACUACAGCACUUCAUUCAUUCCUGAGCCUCCACCCAGCAAUCACCAGCUCCUUCCCCAGCCCCACCACCUUUGAGGAGAUCCAGUUCUUUAGUGGAGCAAACUAUGACAAUGGGAUUGACUGGUAAAGACAGGACUGUACUUCAAUACUCGGCUACAGCCUUGUCAUAUCAUGGCUCACAUGUUUCUUUUUCUGAGUGUAUUUAUGAUUUAGAUGUCCAUUUCUUCACUCCUUUUCAUUGUUUCAGUGCUAUUGAGGGCUGACAGGUCUGUCAAGAUACAGUUAAGAUCAAGUGUUCAAGUGUUAGGCUACUCAGCUGUCUUCUGCUCUUGUACAAUGGGCCGCAAAUUGAUCAACUAACACACCUGUUCUGGGAAAACUGGAGGACAAAAUGCAGUGAUCAAGGUUAGGUACUUUAGCUUUGUGUUCCCUCUCUGUGCCUCCCUGCUGAAGCGCAGUAGAUGCAAGUUAAUUUCAGGGACACUGAACCUCCAACAGCUGCCAGGACAAAUAUACCCACUCAAGUCUAAAUGGAUAAUUGAUUAACUGAAAAACAGUGCCCUAACGCUGUUAACUCUGCUGCUUUGGAGCCCAAACUUCCUAACAACAGUCUUAAAGACCUGGUUUGACCAGUUAAGAGUCCAGAAGCCCAAUCCAACCCAAACCUGUCACUCUGCUGUUUGCUCAAAGAGCUUAUGUAGCUAAGGAGCAAAGAUCUGCUGCCAAGGGCCUCUCCACACUAGAGGGUGCUCAUACUUGUGCUCAUAUUUCUUAAUGACCAGCUUCUUUCUGUGAUCAGAGGAGGAAUCUGUUUGACAUGGAGUCUCUUAAACUGGCAGAUGUCACAGAUGGAAGUCUUUUUAAAUGGAAUGAAUUUCAGUGUGAGAUACUCAACUGUGCAGAGAUUUAUGUUUUCAUUUCUUGGCUAACAAGCUCACUGGUGCUUUGUUUGAUUUGUGUUCUCCUCAGGUACAUGGACUUUUUUCCAUUCCCUUCCAAUGUCAGCACAGAUUUCAUGUUUGAAAAGAGCGCCAAUUACUUUGACACAGAGGCGGCUCCAAAAAGAGCUGCGGCACUGCUUCCCAGAGCCAAAGUUCUAGCAGUGCUAAUCAACCCAUCCGAUCGGGCUUAUUCCUGGUACCAGGUGAGAAAUAAGAUCAUCUUCUCAGCUAAUGAAGUCUGAACAUAGUCAGCUUGGUGUCAAGGUCUUCUAUAAAACUACAUUUUAUUAAUUAAAACAAUGUAAUCAAGAAACACCUGAGCAAGAAUUCAAUCCUAAUCCCUGUCUUUACGAACAUGUCUGGACAUGCAUCAUCCAUGAUCAUUCACACUCCAGACACCCAUAUGCUGGUAUAAAUAGGAUCCCACAGUUUGUCAAACUGAAAUGUGGACAGCAGCGUUUCUACAACUGUCCUUCUGUUGGGCUAAAAGUGAACAAGUUUAGUUUUAAACCUGUUUUACAGCCUCAGACUGCAUUGUUUACAAGUUUCUACAAAUGCAAUGAAACAGUGUUUUGUUUCCAACCACAGCACCAGAGGGCCCACCAGGACCCUGCAGCCCUUAACAACACCUUCCAUGCUGUGGUGACAGCAGGCCCCUCAGCCUCUAGGGAUCUGCUGGUCCUUCAGAGACGCUGCCUGAAUCCUGGGGUCUAUGCCACUCACCUUGAGCGGUGGCUGCAACAUUAUCAGCCCAGCCAGGUAAGACUCACACAUACACACAAACAACCCACAGCUGCUAACACACACUGGAGGAAGGAGGUUGACAUUAAUAUGGUCCACUUCACAAUGACAUAAAAGCUAAUGCUGAUAAUAAAAUAAUAUAGAAUAAAGUAAGAAGUACUCCACCAUGACAGGGAUGGUAUAAAUCACUGAGGUCUACAGACUGAAACAGAAGUUCCUUGUGAGAGUUGAACAAUCAAUUCUUUUUCUGACUGUUAAUCAAAACAAAUCAAUGAACACUGAUGAGCCCACUGAUCCAGACCCUGACAGUCAGCUGUCGCUACAGUCUUAUUUACUGGGAGGCUUUCAGAAAGUAUAAAACCAACAACAUUUCUGUCUGUGCAGGCUCAAAAUCAUCCAAGUUCACUCACUCAUCAGCUUGUUAUUAUUAAUCAUAAGAUUUGACUGAGUGGACCGCUGCACCAGUGCUGUGGUGUCUGUCAUGCUCUCGACAUUUUGCCCCCUACAGUCCAGUGAGUUAUAACACUGCGGGUACAAACCCCAACUGCACAUUGUUUAAAACGAAAGUUACGUAUGUAACUACGGUUCUAUGAAUCCCGAAUGACCGCCAGAGGCGGUGCUUUAAGCACUGAAUAUUCCCCUCGCGCAUCCGUAGUUCGAGUGUUUAUACCAAAAUAGUCACCUGUGACCCCCGAAUGACCCGGUAGGAGUCUAUAUCUGUGGGAGUCAGCAGGUAAUUAGUCCCUACAGAAUUUUCUCGCGAAACACAAGGAUUCUGAGUGACCCAGUGCUCUGGCGGUCAUUCGGGAUUCAUAGAACCGUAGUUACAUACGUAACUUUCGUUCUAUUUCAUCCCUACUGACCGCCAGAGGCGGUGCUUUAAGCACUGAAUGACUCAUGCCAACAUAGUCACGAAGAAUCCUGAUUACAAACCUUAACAGGUAGAAUCGGACUCCGGGCACAGGACCACCCCCAUUGGGUGGGGAGUGGUGACGUUCACCCUAUAGAAUCUAGCAAAUGUGCUUGCUGAUGCCCAUGAAGCAGCGGCACAAAUAUCCCCUAGGGGCACGCCCUUCAGGGCGGCCCAUGAUGUGGCAACGCUCCUGGUGGAGUGGCACUGUGUGCCCGCUGGUACAGGCUGGUUGUCAGCUUCUUAGGCCUGGCUAAUAGUCUCUACUAUCCAGUGGGACAGGCGCUGCUUUGAGAGCGCGUGACCCUUAUUAGGGCCCAAGUGGCUGAGGAAUAGCUGCUCAGAACGCCGAAUACGUUUAGUAGCCCUGAUAUAGGCCCUCAGAGCCCUCACUGGGCAGAGCAACUCCAUCCUGCCUGUCUCUCCUGGUGGAGCAGUAAACUGAGCCAGCUGUAUAGGCUGGUUGAGGUGCGACGCAGACAACACUUUGGGGAGGAAAGCAUGUUUGACCGCAAAGUGACCCCUGACCCGUCUGAGUUCCACCUCAGACAUGAGUCGCUCACUGACAAGGCGUGAAGCUCACCAACGCGCCUGGCUGACACAAUGGCCAGAAGGAAGGCUGCCUUGAAUGACAGCCACUUGAGCGCCGCCCGUGCCAAAGGCUCAUAGGGAGGCCCGCAUAGGGAAUCAAGUACAAUCUUAAGGUCCCACACCGGCACUCUCGGGGCUCUUGGUGGAUGCAACCUCCAAGCCCCCCUGAGGAAUUGGGACACCAGGCUGUGACUCCCUACUGUGGCAUUAUCGACCUUAACAUGUUGACAGGAUAUGGCCGCCACGUAGACCUUUAAAGUUCAAGGGGAUCGGCCCCUACCUUGGAGUGAUUGUAGAAACUCCAGAAUUGUUGGGAGAGAACAGCGCACUGUAUCCUCGCUGCGAUCAUUACACCAGUUUCCAGCGGUUGGCAUAUUGCAGCCUGGUGGAUUGAGCUCUUGCGUUCAGAAUGGUGUGCUGAACAGCAUCUGAGCAGCUGCUCAGCAGCGGUUCGGGCCCUCCAGCAGCCAGACACAUAAUUUGAGGCGUUGGGGGUUGGGAUGCCAGACCCGCCCCCCUAGCUGCGAGAGCAGGUCUCUCCUGUCGGGAGGCGCCAUGACCUCCCGUGACAGAGUCGGUGGAGCAGAGGGAACCACGUCCUCCCCGGCCAGAAAGGCGCUAUUAGCAGGAUGGUGUGACCUUCCUGAAGGACCCUCUGAAGAACGGGCCGGACAAGUGGAAGAGGUGGAAACGCGUAGAGCAGUGCCCAUGGCCAUGGGUGAGCCAGUGCAUCCUGACACAGAGGACUGGUUGUCUCUCCUAGAGAGAACCACAGGGGGCAGUGCGUCGAAGCCUCUGAGGCGAAGAGGUCCACCUCUGCCCUGCCGAAGCGACCCCAGAUGUGCUGCACUACUUCUGAAUGGAGACACCACUCUCCCGGAGGAGGUUUCUGACGAGAGAGGAAGUCUGCCAGUCUGGGGUCACGAUCUCCCUGCGGGAUGGAAUGGAUCCCAUAGGGACACCCCCUGAGAUAAAGGCCCUGUCCCUCCAACAGGCCAGGGCGAGGAGACAUUACUGUGACACCCUUAUUCUCCUGUGCCUGUGCCGCUCUGCAUCUAAAUGAAAGCUGUUGAGCCAUCUCUGCAGAGGGCGCAACCGCAGCAACCCCAGCGGAACAACAGCCGCAACGGAGGUCAGUUUGCCCAGGAGGCGAAGGUACAUGACGUACGGUAGAUACCUGCCUUCCUGAAAAGUGAGGAGGAGUUUUACGAUGUCGUCCAUCCGGCGGGUGGACGGACAAGCUGUCAUGGUCUGCGUGUGCAAGGCCAGGCCGAUAAAUGUUGCGGUCUGAGAAGGUUGGAGACAACUCUUUUCCAUGUUUACCUUCAGCCCCAGACUGAAUACAUGAGACAGGAGAUGCCUCGUCCGUGUUUCGACCUCUUCCCUGGAUGGAGCGCAUACCAGCCAAUCGUCCAGGUAUGGCAGGAUCUUCACCCCCAGUGCUUGCAGUGGUGACAGUGCCGCUGCCACACAUCUGGUGAACACCCUUGGGGAGAGGGAGAGGCCGAAAGGAAGCACCCUGAACUGCCAAUGCCUUCCGCGAUACGCAAACCGCAGGAACCGGCGGUGUUGAUGGGCAAUGGGGACAUGGAAGUAGGCAUCCUUUAGAUCCACGGACGUGAACCACUCCCCAGGUGCCACAGACUGCAGUAUGUCUGAUGUCGUCAACAUGUGGAACGGUAUAACUUUUAAAUAUCUGUUGAGUCCCCUGAGGUCUAGGACGGGGCGGCAUCCCCCGGUCUUCUUUGCUAUUAUAAAAUAAGUUGAAUAGAACCCCCCGGGUUGAGACAGGGGGUCCACGGGCUCGAUGGUGCCCUUGGCCAGGAGGGAGGAUAACUCCUGGUCCAGUAUGGUGGCUUUUGCCGGGUCGCCGAUGACUGUUGUUUUGACCCGGCCGGUUGCAGGGGGCCGACGUCGGAAUUGAAGCUUGUACCCGUGGGUCAGGGUGGAAACAACCCAAGGGUCCGAAGCUUGAGCAGCCCAGUACUUGAACUGCUGAUGGGAAAAAUAUCCGACGGCCGGCCCCGUGGCUUCAGUACUUGGGCCCUCGGCCCCUCGGGGGCCUGGGGGGGGGGGGGGGGGGGGCGUCCAGGGUUUGGGGAACGAAAGUGCCUGGAGGGCCCAGGAGGCAAGGAGUCUGGAACCCGAGGGUCGCGGGUCUGACCCUGCACAGGGCGCUGGGAACGGCGCUGGCCGCUGGAGUAGGCUGGUGUUGGCGUGCUAACCUGUGGGGCAUUUGAGCGUCCCCUGCCCCUGCCCUGUUUGGGGGAGGCAUGCGUCGCAGGCCCGCAAGCUGCUGCCUUGUCUGCCCCGCCUGGAUUGUUCUCUCCAGCGCCUCCUGCGCAGCUGGGCCGAAUUGGGUUCCUGGCUCCACUGGGAGAGCACGCAGGGUUCUUCUGGUCUUCUCCGUCAGGGGUGACUGCGACAGCCAGACCUGGCGUUGAGCCUGGACAAGGUAAGACAUCAUUCGUCCGAGCUCCCGUGAAUGUGGCCAAAGGCCUUCAAGGACGCAUCGCAGAAGUUACUGCUGUCUCCGGCUUCCCCGGCUGCUUUGCCUCCUGGACCUGCAUCGUCCCCAUGCAGGGAAGCUGAGAGGGCCAACAUCAGGUGUGAAAGAGAGUUACCUAUGCGACCAGCACGUGCCCCCGAGUCAUAGGCUCUGACUAAAAGGUCAUCUGUCUGCCUGCACUGGGGCCGAGGGCACCUUGCGUCCUGACGCAGCGACUCAUCUGGUGACACGAUGAGUGAUGCGAUCCCCGGCUCGAUAGCUGGCAUUUUGUCCAGACCCACCGAUGUUGCGUCGUGCAUCGCCGCCAGGGCCCGGGCAUCGGCUGACAGACUGGUGCCAGCCUUUGAGUCUAUCCAGCUGGCCUGUAGCUCCCUCAGAAAGUCCUCUGAGUGGGGGACGGUAAAGGAUGUAGGAGGCGGCCUGCGCCUGAAAAAGGCGCUUGCAGGAGCUGAUCUGGCCUGCUGUGGCGCUGCCACAUUCAGCUGCUCCAGGGCCGUGCGCAGUAUGUCGCGCAUAGAUGAGUCCUCUGUCACGGCCAGUGAGCUGUAGCUUGAGAAGUGGGAGGCCAUCGAGGUCUGGGAGGUACUGCUUUCUCCAUCUUCCUCAAGCUCGCAGAAAUGUGUGGCUGACGCUGCCAGGGAAAGAGCAUCCUCUUCCCGGGCUAGAUGUGGCAUCGGCGGGGUGGGAGCCUCCUCCAACGGGGACUCGGGCCGGUGGGCCUGGGCCAUAAGCAAAGCCUUCAUCUGUGCCAAUUCGGCCGACAGCUGAUCCACUUUAGAGGUCAGAUUGCGGUCGGGCUUACUCUUCUUUGAAGGGGGUGCGGCAUGAGCAGUAGUGGCCUCAGCCCGGCUGCUAGACCUUCUAGACUGGGUUGAAGCCUCAGCCCGCCUCUUCGAGCGUCUGGUCUGGCCUGAUGAGAGCUCGCCCGUAUCUUCCACUUCUGCCAGCCUGGCAGCCCUCACCACGUAGGGCAUGUAGGUGCAAUUCAUACAGGCAUCGUCGCCGAGUGCGUCCCUCAGAUGAGCAACACCGAGGCAUCUGGGGCAGAGGUCAUGGCCAUCAUCUGGCUCGAGAGGAGCCUCACAGGAGGAACAAGGGUGUGGGCGCUCCAUGGCUUCCCUGGUUCCUCUAUAUCAGCGAGGCACAGUGCACGGUCACACCUGUUGGCUUCGCUAGCCGUAAGCCCGAGGGAGGGAGCGCGCACGCUACCUAUGCAGGCAGAGGCUGUUUGUGGGUGGGUCUGUAUACAACCAGCCGGAGGGAGGCAGCGCUAACGCUACCUGUACCUGCAGAGGCUGUUUGGUGGUGGGUCUAUGUUCAACUUACCGGAGGGAGGGAGCGCGAACGCUACCUGUGCCAGCAGAGGUUGACAAGGAAAAAUCGUAUCAAAAACCAAAUAUGAAAAUAGAAUAAUUAAAGUAAGCUAUGAGCUGAUAGUCAGCUAUCCAGCAGGGACCAUAAACUGGGGAGAGUGGUGCUUACACCCCCUGCCAGUAGAGGCCGUUGUUGUCACGGAGUCAAGAAAUUUUAAUGAAUGGUACGGACUUUACUUUAAGUUAAGUACAAUUACUAUAUCAUACACAAUAUACUCAGCUAAUCAGCCCAAAAAACAAGCCUUGACAACAACAGAAGAAAAAAACUAGCCCAAGGAAAAGCUUCCCACAGCUGCCAAGCUACUAGUAGCGGCUGAGGAGCAGCUAACGCUAGAUGCCGGGAGGAGGGAGCGCGUAGCUGCCUACUCACAGGGCAAGAACAACGAAAAGAGUGCUACACAAAAUAGCAACUGAGCCAGAGGCUAAAAAGGCUCCCUAUCGACUUUCGGAGCGUUAGUUGAAAGAAAAAGACGCUCGACCACCGAGCUAAAGCCUCACGCUGGCUGAAAACUACAAAGCAAAUCGCUAUAACCACAAAAAAUAUAUAGUGCAGUGAUCCUUGACGCUAAUACGAUGAGAGCGCUAUCGCUACUGUUCGCUUUCACCGCGAACCCGAUACUUAUGUUGGAGGGAGGCUACGCGAACGCAGCCUAUACCGACAUAAGACGCUAAUGUGGACAACGCUGCCAACAACCUUACCUUAGACCCGCGGCGGGGUCGGUGGCGCGGCGCAGCCGUCGGCUCCCGGCGAAACCCAUAGCGUCGUAGCUCAGCAAAAGGUUGAUAAAGUUGCAGUUCCUGGAGGGCGAAUGCCUCGCUACUCCGACCGAUUAUAUGGUCACGGAACUACUUGCCAUGUUUAAUUGCAUAGAAAAGCAGCUUAGCAUUAAGCAUAAAGCGACUCGCACGCGAGAAAAGAAAAGGGACUGAUUACCUGGUGACUCCCACAGAUAUAGACUCCUACCGGGUCAUACGGGGGUCACAGGUGACUGUUUUGGUAUAAACACUCGAACUACGCAUGCGAGAGGGGAAUAUUCAGUGCUUAAAGCACCGCCUCUGGCGGUCAGUAGGGAUGAAAUAGAACAUGACUAAAAACAGAUCACAGAUUUUCAAAUCCUUUUUUUUUUCUUUUUGCAAGUAAGAGAUUUAAUGUUAGUAUUUAAAAUUUAAUAAACACUUCUCAUCCUGUAUUAAUCACCUCUGUCAAGAUAGAUGUGGAUAACACAGAGUGUUCAAACAAACAUCAAACUGAAGAACUAACCGUAAUACACACUCUAAGUCCACAGAGGAGCCAUUUUAUUUGGACCACGUCAUACCUCUAAAACUCAUCUGUAUGUUUACUGUUAAGUGACAUGUGACUAUUAAAUUAGUCACAUGUGAGAGAAGAGCGGUCUGUUACUCAGCAUUCUUGUUGCCAUGGAUAUUGAAGUGAGUAGGCAGUUGUUAAUGUGAGCCAGCACACAGAGACAUUGAGCAU